AUGUCACCGCUCUUCCAUUAUUCAUUCGUCCUAUGCCUCCUCGUGCUCGUCUCGCACAACAUAUGGCACCGCCGUUCGCUCUCGUACCUCCCCAAUCCCACCCUUCCCUCGAUUAUACCGACCCCGUUUAAGUCACUCUUCCCGUCAGUCUCGCUCAAUGGAAUCACAUUUCUCGCUAAGGAGUGCCAGAGCCUCACCCAGCUACCCUAUCAACCAGCGAACAACCCUCAAGGCCUCUUCACCCCACGCGGCAUGCCCACCUUCAUCUUCGCCUCGUCCCACCGCCUGCACGCCUCCGCCUUUGCAGUCGUGGGGCUGGGCGCACGGGCAGGGAGGUACCUGUGGGGGGCCAGGGAGGAGACGUGCCUGUGGAUCUCCCUUGAAGGGCCCAGGGCUAUUCCGGGAACGCUGGUUUACUAUUUUCCGGAGGAUACCAAAGGGCUUAAGGUGAAUGGGUUACCACCUGGGGAUCCCAGCAGAGUGUUGCUGUAUGAGACUGUGAUUAUACAGUGCACGCUGAAUGCUCCCACUCCUGCUGACUCUGCUGGUGUUCUCUUUGCCACUAUACACGGCGACGAGGUGCUUCUAAGGAGGGAGAAUCUCCCAGAAAUGGUCUUCAUUUCGAAUCGUACCUCUGCUUCGGAUGGGCUUCUGGUUCUUAACCCCCCCACACCGCUCCCCCGCUGGCUCACUGUCUGCACUCAACACAUCACCCAGCAAGUGCGGCCAGAGCGAGUGUUGGAGCAGAUUCAGCUCUUCGCUUAUUACGGUGCCGACAGCUUUCUCGUGUACGAUGGGGGAGGCAUGGACGAGCCUUUGAGGCAGGCUUUAAGGCCGUACAUCAGUGCAGGGAUGGUCGAGAUCGUACCACUUAUGGGCUUGUCACACCUCUCGGCACAGCUGGAUGUGCUUGUAACGAACGACUGCCUCUACCGCGCGCGAUUCACCUCGCGAUGGGCCACUUUCAUCACAUUGGAGGAGCUCCCGUUUGUCCUCAAUGGCCGCCUGUCGCUGCGAAUGACACUGGAGGAUAAUGAGGACGCUCCGUGGCUGUCAGUGGGGUCGUAUGAGUGGAACAUCAAGUUGUGUGCCCCUCCUGCUGGUACUGCUAAUGAUACUGCUUCUUCUGCUGCCGCUGGGGGGGAGUGGCUGGCGCAGCAGAUGGUGUAUCGCAUGCCCACCCCCACCUGCUCCCACGCCACCACCAACGCCUCAGCCAUUGACCACUGCCUGGGCGCUGCUGGUUACCGCCGCUUGCUCUUCAACCCCAGGCGCGUGGAGGUGCUACAGCCACACGCUGCUGUAAAGCCGGCGGAUGAUGGUGUGGAUAUCUCUGCAAGGAAGGUCAAUUUCAAUAGAUACAAGGACAUAACAACACCGGCUGCGCUGGUGUGCGAUCGCAUCGUUCCGCGUGUCCUGGACCCCGAAGGCUUCAUUCCAAACCCGGAGCAGAAAAUAUUCUUGAUUAGGGACCUCAUUACAAGUGGCCGAGCAUCCGGAGCGAUCUCCAUGCUUGAAGGGUAA